AUGGCGCCGGUGAAGGUGUUCGGAUCGGCGGUAUUCGCCAACGCGGCGAGGGUUAUGGCGUGCCUGGAGGAAGUUGGCCUCGAGUACGAGGUCGUUGAGGUCGAUUACACGGCCAAAGAGCACAAGGGGCCCCAACACCUCUCCAAAAACCCGUUCGGCCAAAUCCCAGCGUUUCAGGAUGGGGACACGAUGCUCUUCGAGUCCCGAGCAAUCGCAAAGUACGUGCUCCGGAAAUACUCCAAGCCAGCUCAAGUCGACCUGCUGCGAGAGGGCAACCCGGAGGAAGCCGCGAUGGUGGACGUGUGGACGGAGGUUGAGGCGCACACCUACUUACCCGCCAUCGCGCCCAUCUUCUACGAGUGCGUCGUGUACCCUGCCAGGCUCGGCACCUCGUCCAACCAGAAGGUCGUGGAGGAGAGCCUGGAGAAGCUCAAGAAGGUGCUCGAUGUCUACGAGGCAAACCUGUCGAAGAACAAGUACCUCUAUCUCGCUGGAGACUUCUUCAGCUUCGCGGACCUCAACCACUUCCCGUACACCUUCUACUUCAUGACGACGUCUCAUGCGUCUCUCUUCGACUCGUACCCCAGCGUGAAGGCGUGCUGGGGGCGCCUGAUGGCACGGCCGUCGGUGAAGAAGAUCAGCGACGGUAUGGUGCUCAGGGCCUGA